AGUCUAGCACAAGAUACAGACGGGUGAAUACACGCGCGUUUAGCUACGAGCUCUCGGACUCACUUGGACUACUUUCGUGAGGGGGGAGAUCCCAGAGAAAAAGUGAAAGUGUUGGUAGUGGACGGACCAUGCCCAAGAGGUGUGCCCCGUGAGCCUAUGCAACAUGGAGGAGCUGUCUGUGUCUGGAUAUUCAAUGGUGCAGUGCAGAGCAAUGGUCAGGACCGUGCUUUUGUUAGUGGCACUCUCGUGCAGGGAUUUCUCCGUCCUGGCCAAUGCCGAUUUUUACAACUCGAACGACGUUCAGCUGUAUACCACACCCGACGACUGUCGCCCGAACGAGUACUACGAUCUCUUCACCUUCAAGUGCAAUCUGUGCGACGACGGAUUACAUCUAAUCCCGUCCAAAGAUAAGCUGUCCUGCGCCUGCAACGAACAGGCGGUGACCAUUCGUGACCAUGACAGUGUCCUUCAGCGGCCCGUUUGCCAAAACGUGAGCGAUUUCUUUGCCCAGUUCCCGGCCGGCGAACGGUUCGAUACGGUCAACUUCUGCCAAACGAUCCAAGUAGGCAUCGUCAAUACGACGAAAUCCGCCAGAAGUGUGUACCAGCGGCGCGCUACCUUUCCGCCCGGCAACGAGCGGUCCGUUUGCGAGUGUGACCUAAAGGCUAACGUGCUGUACAUCGAGCGCGAUGGAUGGCCCGGCGAUCCGCGUGGUGCUCAUAAUUUUUGCAUACCGCUGUCACUGGUACGGGACGUACAGCACCUUCCAGCGUUUAGCCUGAAUCGGUUCCGGCACCAGAACCGGCAGAAUGUGAACGUGUACAAGAACGUGAAGUACUUAAUAGUGUUUUGUCAUGUGAUGCGAAGCGUGCGACAUUGCCAGCAGUUGGCGAAUCUGUGCGUUCUCAGCUUCUACAGCCUGGAGCGACAUUCGCCGUGCGCCAUUUUCUACACCUAUCAAACGUAUGAUCUGGCGGCGUUGGGUGCUCCGGGAGCUGCGGGAGGGACCGGCAGUAUGCCUAGUGUGAUUAGCGCUAGCCAGAGCUAUCUGGCCGGCGAUGGAACGGGUGGUGUUGGAGGACUGUUGCCCAAGCUGGGACCCGAUGCCGCCCGGCCGGGGCUGUUUUACCGGCGGGGAAAGUACGUCAGUGAGUUGCUGGAGAAGCAUUUGGACUAUAGCUACGAUAGCGACGCCACAGACCAGAUAAACAACACGCUCAAUUUCACCUUGGUGAGCUACGAUUUGCAUGGCCACUUGCGACAGUUUCGCGAAAUGCGCUUUUCCGAUCUGAACCUCUGCGAGAGGUACGAUGUCAGUCAGGAGCAGCGGAUACGCUUUGGACAAAACUACCAGCGCACAUGUGUCCUGAACGUGCGCCGACUGGUGGAAGACUUUGGUGAGGCGGAGUUCCUAUCGCUUUAUGUGAACUACUACGAGCAGAAGGUACGCCUGAUGCGAUCGGUUCCGGUGUUGAUCGAAAACGGCUUCAGUCAAAACACUGACCCGGAACCGGAUCGUUGGCAGCUAGUGAAACGAUUCCUGCUGGUGGAUACCGUAUCGGGGCUGAAUGAACUGCACAAACCGAAGCUGUACGGGGAGCUGGAUGUGAAGAAUCAAUUUUUCUUCCUACGGUACGUGAGAAAGAUCCGGCUAGAGUUCAGGCUGCAUCCGGACCAUGCUAAACAUCCGAACCGGAUCUCGAUACCGCUGGUGCGAAUAGAGUACGCACUGCUCAACACUUCGACGGGUGCUCACACGCAGAGUACGAUCGAGUUCGAGUUUAGUGUGUCGUUUGCUAAGGCAUACAGCUAUUCUUCUCUACUGGAGAUUCUUCUACCAAUAUUCAUUCUGCUUGCGUUUUCGAUGAGUGUGUUUCAAUCCUACUGCUACAAACUGCGUCAGAACAAAAUGUACUACGAUAUGGAGGUGUUUUGGAACUUUGUCAUCUACCUUGGAUCGUAUCUCGGUACGGCGUUCUUGGUCGUUUUGACGAUUAUUGUACUGCACGCACUGUUCACCUAUAAGACGCAAAGCACCAUACAUUUGCUGAUGCCACUGGAGGUUCAGAACGUGGUGGAGGUGUUCAUAUACGUGGCGUUCGCUUUGAAGCUCCUGAAGUUGAUGCGCGUAUUUUUCUACAUGGCAAACGUGGACAUCUUCUUCAUCGACUGGGAACGUCCGAAGAUAUUUGAUAUUAGCACCAUGGGACAGCGGUUACACCAGCUAGACACUCCUUCCAUUGCGUCCAGCACGAAUACCAAACCCACCAACUCACAUGAUAGCGUUUCGGCUUGGCGGAACUAUUUCAUCGCCAACGAAUGGCAGGAGUUGGCGACCAAGCGCAAAAUCUCCAUGUUUGCGCACAUUGUCCUGCUGGCCCUUGCGUUUGUGAUAUUGGGUUUCGAAAAUUGGGCUUCCAACGCAUUCCAUCUGCAUCUCCACCGGAACCAGGAGCUGCUCGGCGGGUCAGACAAAGUGCUCCUAGUUGCGGUUGGAAUUUUUAUCUACACGACCGUGUACGUCGCCCAACGGCUGUACAAUUUCUUAAUACACGAUCGGUUUAUAGAAAACGCUAUCCAACAGUUUAUCGAUGUCGCGUCGAUAGCGAACAUAUCGGUGUUCAUACUGAGCAUGGAGUCGUACGGAUAUUACAUCCACGGGCGAUCUCCCCACGGGUUCUCCGAUACGGAUAUGUGCUCGAUGAUAAUGCAGUUUAAGCGCGAGGAAGAUAACCUGUGCGGUAAUCGGGGUCUGCUGCCGGGAUCCGAGCAACAAACAUACUCCAUUCUGGUGCCAAAGAAUCUCCGGCUGUUCUACGACAAGCUGAUUACACCGUUGCGAAACUCGUCCUCUUUGGGACCGCAUCAACAUCUAAAUCAGCCGCAGCUUAUCGGGAGUGCCAAGAUGAGCACGAGCGAAGUGUUUACCAGCCCGGGCGGUGGCCGAUUGGAGUACAACUUUGAACGGACGAUCCUGACGUACUAUAAUGUGAAUCGCUUUUUUGCCGCGUUUGUUGAUCAUGCUCUCAAAGAUCUUGAUUACAUCAUUCAAGAGCGCAGCAUACUGGAGAACAUUUUAAACUGCGAAUUCCAGAGCUACAUUACGGAUAACAAGGGCGUCUUCUACAUUGACAAUGGCCACUCGUUCGACCAAAUUCUGUUCAACGGCAAUGAGAGCAUUUUCUUCCAGGUUGAGCUGUUGCUGUUCUGUUGCGUUGUGCUGCUAACCGGAAACUAUCUGCUGGCCAUCGUGGUCAUCGGGAUCGUUUACAAGUGCUUCGAGGUGGUGAUGAACUACGUGCUGAAGAAUAAUCUCGCCAAGAAAACGUUGAUUGAUAAACGCUUUUUGAUAUAAUCCAGUGUUGAUAAUAUAGAUAUACCUUUAGAGUCUUUCAAUAAAGUAUCCAUUAAAUAUUAGGUAGUUUUCGACAUGAUUCAUGCAUUUUAGUAAAAAUAAAGCGUUUUCAUUAAAUAAA